GUGCGCCUGGCAGUGUGGUGGUGGGGGCCAGCUGAUGCCGAGGUAAACAAACAACCAUGAUGGCCGCUGUGUUGAGGCAACUCUCUCUCCUCCUCCUCACUGAAGCUUGUUACGAGGAGUUCUUCGUUGAGUUUAACUUCCUACACGGACCAUGCUUGAAGGCGGCCAUCAGCAAGGCCCUGGGGUUGGCCAUAGUGGGGGGGGCCAUACUGGUCAAGGUCCCCCAGAUUGUCAAGAUCUUAGCAGCCAAGAGCGGCGAAGGGAUCAGCGUCACCGGCCUUAUCCUCGAACUGUCUGCGAUUCUUAUUAACGUGGCGUACAAUUUUGUCAAUGGAUAUCCCUUCAGUUCGUACGGAGAUGGCAUGUUCCUCCUCAUACAGACGACCAUUAUCGGCACGUUGAUUUAUCAUUUCGGCGGAGCGACAGAGAAGGCCGUGGCGUUCCUUGGCGUGGUGGCGUCUCUCGUCCUCUUUCUCUGCUCUGGGGUCGUUUCGUUGAAUAUCCUGUGGACUCUACAAGCUUGUAACAUCCCAGUGGUCUUUGCCGGGAAGAUGAUUCAAGCGCUGGCAAACUACAACAACGGCAGCACCGGCCAGCUGUCAGCCAUCACGGUCACUCUCCUCUUCCUGGGGUCGGCGGCUCGUAUAUUCACCUCUAUCCAGGAGACGGGAGACCAGAUCAUAAUCCUCACCUUCUGCGUGGCCACGUUCGCCAACGGUGUCGUCAUGGCGCAGUUGCUCUAUUAUUGGAACGUGCCGGUGAAGAGUAAGAAGGAGUGAGUUUUGUGUGGGUCUGAGUUGAUGAUGAAUAAAUUGUUUUAAUGUGACUGAGUUUUGUGUGGGUCUGAGUUGAUGGUGAAUAAAUUGUUUUAAUGUGACUGAGUUUUGUGUGGGUCUGAGUUGAUGAUGAAUAAAUUGUUUUAAUGUGACUGAGUUUUGUGUGGGUCUGAGUUGAUGAUGAAUAAAUUGUUUUAAUGUGACUGAGUUUUGUGUUUAUCUUGUUGGUGAAAAUAAUUCUUCUUUUUUUCUGAGUGAGGAAUAUUUUCUGCAGAACUUGAUUAUAAGAUCAUUACUUGUUCGUGUAUAAAAGUUAAGGACGGUAAUCCCUCGCCAACUGCCGGGGUUUACUAUGUUGAUUUCUCCCGCUGUUGGUGAUAGUGUAGUUGGGUCUAUUAAGUAAAUAACCCCCUGAGAAACCUACUUAAGAUUCUAUAAUGUACAGGUGCUUGAUAUACUUAAAAGAAAUUAUACAGUACAAAAUGGAGGUAAUGUAUAAAAAAUAAAUAAAGUCCAGUGUAAUGAA